UGCACAAUGCGUAUAUGUUAACAAUUAUUAUAUCUAAUCGAUUAAAACCAACAUAAUUUCAAGUUUUACACGUUUAUAAUUUAACGGCAAUGUAUACUUUUUUAAUCAGUUAUCAAAAAUGAUUCCGCUCAUAUGUUUUUCUUCGCUUGUGUUCGGAAAUUGGUCGUUGAAAUGGAACGAAAAAGAUCAAAGAUUCGAGAUAUGUUAUUAUUUCUUUUUUACUUCAAUUUUUAUGAUAAUUUAUUUUUUCUAUUCAGUUUUUGCGUUGUUACAUAAUAUAAUAAAAGAUAAUUCCGGAACCGUUAAUCCGCAAUACUUAAUAAUUGCUUUGGCAUACUUCAUUCUCGGAGUUAUGGUUUUAAACAGGUUGAUAAACGCCGGUCACAGCGCGCGUUUCGCGGACGAGCUGAAGCGCGGCUGCGGCCGGACCGUGGAGUCGGGCAGACACCUGCUGGAGUUCUGGCUCCGGACCGUCGGGUCCGCGGCGCUGCUGUGCAUGGUGCACUUCAAGUACCGGUUGUUCACGGACAUGCCGACGGCCGCCAUCGCCGUGACCACAACGGUGCCGCUGUGCUGUUGCGUGUACUGCGGCUCGACGAUGGAGUGCCAGUACGCGGCGGCGUGCGGCGCGCUCGCCCAGGAGUUCGCGUCCGUCAACCGCCGGGCCGGAGACCUGGGCCGCGACCUACGCGACCAAUGGGCCGCCGCCGACCGGCUGAUCCGGCUGUCGGACGCGCACUGCCGUCUGGCCAGGCUCGUCCGGCUGUUCAACGACGAGUACGGCGCGCCGAUAUUCUUCACCACCGUCGGUCUGCUCCUCUGUCAGAUAUUCGCCAUGAACGACAUCGUCUCGGUGGUGGUCAUCAGCGACCUGUUCGACGCCACGUACGAGCGCUACACGUACGUGCUCGACGUGUUCACGUGGUCGUUCGCGUGGUUCCGGCUCUGGUGGAUAUGCUACCGGGCCGACGAGCUCGCGGCACAGGUUCACUUGACUGCAAAAAUAAUGCUUGAAAAUGAUAUAAAUUCAUUUCCAGAAAAGACAAGAAAAAUGGCUCUAGAUUUGUUAGAUCAAUUGCUUCAUCGUUACGUGAGAAUUACGGCGUGGGGGUUCUAUGAUGUUAAUAAGGAAUUACUUUUUAUGGUAUUAGGUUAUCAAUUUGGUUUGUGUUUGAUAUGCACUCAAUUUACGACUUCCGGCACACAACUAGUUAAUAACAUUACGACAGUUCAACCAAAUUCCACAACUGCUAUAGAAAAAUAGUCAUAAACCUUUGAAAACUAUAAUACUUAAAUAUUUUUCGGUAGUCAAUUACUCACCUACCUAAAUGCCAUUUAUUAUCAAUGCUAAUACCUAUUAUAUUUUUUUUUAAUCUUAUAUUUUUUUAAAUUUUAUAAAUUAUCUCAUGGCUAUAACGACAACGACACAAAUUGUUUUCUAUUUGUGUGUUUUAUUUAAACUUAUAUGUGUAGAAUACCAUUAAAAUUAUAGAAUUUUUAAAGAUGAUAAUGAUGU